GCUCUGCUCGGUGCUCAGUCGGGAAGUCGUCGACCAACAGACUGCAAGUUUCAGGAGUUCCCGUUCAUUGCGUCAGUACAGCGGCUCGCCGCAUCGACAUCGCGCGUAUAACCGUUUCCCCGACAAAAAAUCGCGUACGCGUAACAUUAUUUUUGCGAAUAUAUUUACUUUUUCUGUGCUUGUGACAAUAAUAUAAUGAUCAUGUAAAUGAGUGUCUCGUGCUAUUAACAUAAUCUACAUGAAAAAUGUCCGAAGUCGUUAAAUAUUCAUGAUAGAAACUCGUUGGUACCCGGGAUCUGGCAGUGCUACGACUAUCAACAGAUUCAUCAAAUAUGGAGACAGACAAAAUGUCCACAGCGUCGUCUGUGGGAGCUGAAAGAAGGCCAUUGAUGCAAGCUCUAGUGAUUGAAAGACGUAUCUUAUUUGGUUGUACAAUUUUCGUUGGGCUCUGCACAUUUGUAUGGAUAACGGCUGUUUGUACUGAAAAGUGGGUUCACAUAGAAGGAGGAAAAGGUGCUCCACUACCAGCCAGAGGUCGAUAUCUCAUGUGGGGCAGUGCUGGAGUAUGGGAAAUAUGCCGAUAUGUGUUCCAUGCAAACAUGACUGCUGCUCAAGAGAAGCAUAAUGGGACCACAUUGAAUAAGCCACCUGAUGAUAUUACUGGUCUAGAUGGAAUAUUUAUUACAAAAUGUACAAAUUAUCUUGCACAGCCACUAAUGGAAAACGGGAAACCGGCUGAUCCAGCAUACGAUGUAAAUAUCGCUAAUUAUGUGCGAACGAUGAUCUCUUUCGGCAUCAUAAGCUUGUUCGUAAUGGCUAUGGGAUGCGGGUUUUCCGUAUAUACGUUCCAAAACCCUCGCUAUAUGUUCAAGAGACUUGCAGCUGGCAUACAUUUUAUAAGCACAUCGUGUACAUUCGUCGUGGUACAAGUAAUGAUGUCAUCGGUGGAUCAUUUGAAGAAGAACGUAAAAUUUGUGUACCCAGAGCGUGCCUAUCACUAUUACCACAUCAGUUUCUUCUUGGCAUGGUUUGUUGUGCUGAUCAAUCUGUUUGCGGCGGCAUCAUUCUUAUGGUAUUCGCGAAAAAGGAAAGGGGACAAAGCAGCUACUGACGAAUUGGCCAUGGCCGAUGAACCGACAAUCAUCGGCCGAUGACGGCCCAAGCCGACCACCUCCAAACAUCUCAAGUUACGGAGGAUUUUCCUCAAGUCUUUACUGAACAGUGCUCAAAUGACCAAUAGCUAUAACAAUGUUCGCGUCUUCCAUAUAUUGUAUGCAGCAGGUAUUUGGGGUUUAGACUGCCUUUGGGACUGAAUUACUAAUUCUGGUAAACCAUUGAUGUAUUAAAAAGAAACAAGUACCGAUUUUUGCUUGUAACAUUCAUUUGUAUCUCAUUACUAUUAUCACGUUGUAUUAAUUUUAAUUAUUAGUGUUUAUCAAUUUAUUGGUGGUAUUCUAUACGCAAAAACAUUAAAUUACAUUUAUCGCAUAUUACAUCGCUUGCUUUGCUUCGAAUAGCAGCCUGCAGAAACUGAAUGUUACAAGUAACUAAUAAAAUGUAUUGAAAGAGCAACAGACUUUUACAAUUUGAAUGUAUUGGAGUAAAACGGGACGAAUACUACCAUGUCAAUUUAUAUUAUGACCAUUUUCAUACUAAAAUUUAAUACAGCCCUGGUUUAUUAUUUUCAUAUCUUAAUUUAAUGAAAGGGGUAAGUAUAUUAAACUCUGACAUUUGUAACCUGAUUUAAAUAAUUUCUUUCAUAUAAUUUUAAAAAUAAUUCUCAAAUUUUCAAUUUUAAAAUUUAAUUACUAAAAUUCUUAAAUUGGACUCAGUUUAACUUUAGUAGCAUUGAUGGGUUUAAUUUAUAAUGUUUUAAUUUUAGUAAUAAAACAGAUGUUAUUGUUGAUAAUCUGAUUGUUUUAGUAAAAAAUAUUCUAUUACGCUACAUAAUAAUUUUUCAAAUACUAAUUUAUAUUACAUCAUAUUUAAAUUGCUUGAUUUCUUUUGAUUUUAACUUGGUAAUGAUUGAUGAUGAUGUACACCAUGAUGUUUCUCCAAUACAAUACAAAAUGUUGCUUUUUAAAACAUCACUGCGUUGUGAUCAUAAUUAUUCAGAUGUUUAAUGCCUUGUUAAUCUUAUAAGCGACAGAAAAUAUCUUUAUUGCGACAUUUUUUAUUACUCGCUUUGAAUGUUAUGUGGAAAGUAUUUAAACUUUAUGAAUCUAUGAAUUAGCUAUAAUUACAGUAUAAAUAUUAAAAGCAGUAGUUCUAUAGAUAAUCGAGUAAACGGACCAAGUAUUGCGGUAAUAAUUUAUCAGAGACGGUUCAUUAUUUUGUAUACUUAUAAUUUUUCGAGAUAUAUAAUCAUUAGAAUGUAUUUUAAUCAUUUUUAAAUCAUUUUAAAUAUGAACCUCUACACAAAUAUCUUAUCGUAUCAAACAUGAAAUCCUUUAUAAUGCAAUUGCAAAUAAGGUAUCGAUUCUCGGUAUGAUUAAUUUAAUUUUCGAAAUUCUGAACUUAUUUUAUAAGUACAGAUGAAAUCAAACUAUUUUUUUUUAUCUCACUUUAUUAUUAGUUAGAAAAGUGGGUUUUGUUUUAUGAUCAAAGUUAUUAUGAACAUCUGAACUACUGUUUCGAAUAAUUCUACUAUAUUUCAGUCUUAUGGGAUUAACGAUGUCUGUAAUUCUUGUAGUGUGAUAGGAAAGGGAACUUCAAACGAGUCUGUUACUGUUUGUGUUGUAACCUGUUGUAACAUUACAAUCAUACCAUCAUGGCACGUGUCAGAUCUAGUCAUACAUUUAUAUGGGUUUUAUUAUAAUGUAAGCUCGAGCUAGUUUCGUAAUUGGUGAGAAAUUUCUAACAGUUCCCCCACGUUCUUUUCACCAAAGAAAUUUAUAACAUUGUUAUUUUAAUUUUAAUAUGCUGAUUUAAAUUUCAUUGUACUCUUUUAGUUAAAUAAAACAUUACUUAAUAUGUAUUUUGGAGAAAAAGUAAAUAUUGCCUUAUUUUUACUAUCUAGAAACUAGUAAUGACUAGAUCGUGGAGGGACUCUAAAAUUAAUUUUUAACUAUAUUACAUUACAUUUUUACUUAAUUUAUUCAAGACUUUAUAAUGUUAUGUUAUUAAAUUUUUAUUAAGGUUUAUGUUAGAACUACCUUUAAUAACUUAGUUUCCUAAAUACUAGCUCACUAGCAAAGAAUUAGUGUCUACGUAUAUAAUAGAAAAUAUUAUUAAUUGUUUUCUGUCCUUUAUUAAGUAUUACAAUUUUAAAUCCAUAAUUACUAUUUAAAAGUUGUUGCGGUCUUUUGAAUUUAUUUCAUAAUAUAUAUGAAUAUCUCAGAUAUAUUGUGAUUUUCUUUAUCAUGGGUUUGGUAAGACAAAGACACAAUUAGAAUCAGAAAUGUGAUUGGAAUGAACACCAAUUUAUUAUAAUUAUUAUAUUAUCUAUUGUUAUAAUUAAAAUAAUAAGCUUUGCCGCCUACACCAAUUGUUGUUACUAACAUUUAUCAGAUUAGAUAUAUGAACCUAAAACCAAAAAUGACAUUACACUUGUAAAAUUCAAAAUUAUUUGUAUUACAAUAAAAAAUGUAUGAAAUUCUAAGAAAUAUACGAGAUAUUCUGCAAAUACUAAAGGUGACAGGGAUGCAUAUUUUAUCGGUGCAUAAUUUAAAUUUGUCAUAUUUCUAAUAGAAACUUAAUAAAAAUUAGAAAUAAUAAUAAAUAUAUAUAGUAAUAUUUCUAAAGUACUCAUAUUUCCUUGAAAACUCAUAUAUACAUUAGGUAUAGUAAUUCUAUUGUCAUCAAAAUAAAAAAGCUUACUUAAGUGGCCAUUUUUUUUACUUUCAUACAAUAAAUAUACAAUUCUAAAUCUGAUCACCGAUAUAACAGGUAACAAAUAAAGUAUCUAAUAUAUAACAAAGGCAAACAUUUUAUACAAGAGGCUGUAAAAAUGCAUUUAUAAUUUUCAAUUGCAUUUUAGAAGACCUCUUCAAAGACACUUUGAUUUUUAUUUUCCUGAAUACGGCCCUUAACAUGCUGUACGAGUAUAUUGUAAUUUAAAAAUGAACGAUAUUCUAAACGAACUAAGUUAUUUUCUAGAUAAAAUGAAGCAAAAACCACAAUAACAUGUAAUAAUAUACCUAUAAGUAGAAGACAGAAAUAUUCAGGGUUUGCUAUUUUGUCCCGUGUAGCUUUUCAACAAUUACGGGACUUAGAGCGGUGUUUAUUCGAAUUCCAGUUUAAAUUUGCAUAAUCGUGUGUAUUGAUGUAUGUUCUUCCUAUUUAUAACUGUUUUUUUUUUAUGAAUACAUUUCUUAAAAUUA